AUGUGGACAUUCUACUUUGUCAAGGCCAAGCUGGUCGAUUACAAGGGCAACACGCCCAAAUUGAUGGUACCGGUGAGGAUUGUCCCAAAGGCCCCGAACGUCGUCAUGCCAAUUGUCGCAACCCAGACAUCGGCCUUGAUUGGCCUUGCCAAGCGCCAGCCAUUCUAUCAAACGGCGACUGUCGGUCGUAACACACUCAAAGUCAACACGACGGUGACCAGGGUCGAGCUUUGGCAGAAACAGAUUGGUGAUGCUGAUGCGCGCGCGAUUGCCGAGACACUCAAAGUGAACAAGACAGUGACUUGUAUCGGUCUGGGUGAGAAUCAGAUUGGCGAUGCCGGAGCAAGCGCGAUUGCCAAGGCACUCAAAGUGAACACGACAGUGACCACGGUCGAUCUGGGUCAGAAUCUGAUUGGCGAUGCUGGAGCGCAGGCAAUUGCUGAAGCGCUCAGAGUAAACACGACGCUGACACGGCUCAAUCUGUCAUGCAAUUACAUUGGCGACGUUGGUAUUCAAGCGAUUGCUGAUGCACACGAGUUCAAUUCCACUCAAAUUAAUCUGACGUAGGGCGUUUGCCCGAUCAAGUCAUGCUUUCAACCGAUGGAGUGGCCCUUGCUGAC